GAUCGGCCGCUUUUUACGCAAGUUAUUUGCGAUAAACCGAGGAGGACCGUUCCAACCCCCUAUACGGGCGAGGGUUGAUUUUUAAACGACCAUGCAAUUACAUUAUUAUUGUCUAAGAAUUGGGAGUGGAAAAUUGUUGCACUUAAAAAUGGAGAUGAGAGUGGAAAGUAAUUUUUGUCUGAAUGUCAUUUUCAACGAAAAUAAACAAAUAUUUGGGACACUGGCCUUCAGCAUAGGUAUGUUGUAAGACCAGUAAAACGCCUUUUGGGCGAAGAACGAGCGAGCAAGAUAGUGAGCCCUGCACGUGCAGAAGGGCGAGAGGGUACUUCCAACGGGCUUGCGCAAAGCACCCUUCUAACCGGUCGCUAGCGGUGUACCAAAUUUGAACGCAAUCGGCCCAGCCGUUCCUGAGAUCUGGAAGCGGCAUUCUGCACAUGCGCACGUGCAAACGGGGUCCAAACUGACUUUUGCACGGCACCCUUCUUACUGGUCCCCAACCGUGUACCAAAUUUGAGCGCAAUUGGCCCAGCCGUUCUCGAGAUCUGGAAGCGCCCCCUGCAUGUGCGCACGUGCAGUAGCACCUUAACCGCAACACAUGGGAAUGCAGUGGGUGCCUACCUGUAUGCCAAGUUUCAGCGAAAUCGCCCCAGUAAUUACCGAGUUAUUAAAAUGGGAACAAAUUUGACACCUCUUAUUGUUGUACUUUGCACGUGCAAUGGGGGUGACCGACAUGCAUCGAGAGUAUCCAAUAUUUGGUAGAAGGGAUGCUGCUACCCUACAAAAAUUACCGCAAGUCAUUCGCCCAAGCGGUUGCUGAGAUAUGAGCCUCUCAAAAUCACUACUUUUCCAAAACAGCUUGAACACCCUUGACUUUUCACGUGGCACGUGCCACGACGGUCACUGAGAUGUAUCAAAAGUAGUCAAUUACGGGGUAGAAGGGAUGGGGCUACCCAGCAAAAAAGACCGCAGGCCAAUCGGUCCAGCGGCUGCUGAGAUAUAAGCCUCUCAAAAGCGUUACAGGCCGGGCCGGGCCGUAGGGCCGGGCCGCUCAUACUGAGAUUUUUCCGUUAUAUUGAAAAGACUCGCUUCGCUCGCUGCGCUCGCUCGCUCGUAAGAAUUCAAAUUGCCUGGCAUGUUUUCGUAUCUGCAGGUUUGGACUUUUCAAUAAAUCACUUCUAUUUAGAAUUUAUGAUUUUUAUUAUAUUUUUAUGAAAUCCUAAUCUGUGCUUUAUUACGGUCGGUUUGUAAACCAAUUUGGUUAGUAGAUGAAACCAUGGAUAAACCGCGUUUGUUGUUGUUUAUGACAGUGGUCAAAGUGUUGUGCUUACCCUUCAGCAACAAUGUAAGUAUCGACAGAUAUUUGCUGUUUCCAACUAUUCGCUUAUUAACCACACUAUUCGCUAUUCUAAUACAUAAUGAUCAACUGUUCCCCAACCGUGCACCGACUUUGACCCAACUUGUAAUGUUACAAAAAUAUAAGUUAAUUUAUCAUCCCCACUUAGCUCCCGUGAGAUGGGUAUGAGUUUCAGAUAUUUAUUUCAAUGAUACAAUCUUCUUUUACGCGGGCGCCCUUGACUAAAAUAAAUUGUUCUUCUAUAUGAAAAAUGCCAAAUAUUUAGAGCUUGAUGCCAGGAAUCACGUGCUCUAAUAUUUUGAAGAAAUUUUAUUUACAACCUAAAAACCUUCACGAAACUUUUCGUGUUUUCGGUGAACGGAUCUAAUUAGUUAAACAUCACAUAUGGUAUAAUACAUCAAUAGAAGUCACAGCCGCCAGGAAGUGGUAGUACGCAAAGCAAACAUCGGCAAGGUCUCAAAAGUGAACAAAAGGCUUAAGGCAGGAAUCCUCGAAAAUGAAAUCAAUGGACUAUCGUGGACGGCCGUGGCGGCGCCACUAUAGCCGCCGACGGAGCCGCUCACGGAGUCGCAGCCGCAGCCGCGCCCGCAACGGUAGUCCCAGGCGGACACCGGAGCGGGCGCGCGGCCGGCGGGACCAGUCGCUGCCGCCGCGUAUGUACGUGGAAGCAAGGGUGGCCUUGUUUGGAAACAGCCACGCUGCCGCCCGAGCGUUCCCCCUGGGCCGCGACCUGGAGCUCGGGGCUACGCUCGGGCGGCACACCGUCGUCCCGCAGUAUGUGCGGGGAUAUACCGCCGGCGGCAUGGGCGGCCACUCCGCCGGCGACUGGAGCGCGAUGCUAGCCGCCGCCGUCCGGCUGAAGACGGAGAGUGUCUGGCCCUCCUACGCCGUCGUCAGCGUUGGCGGGCCGGCGCUGCUCCCGAGGCCAGACGGACAGGCCAGGCGUCGGCGUCUCCAGGAGGGUCGGGAGCCGUCUCCGGUGCCUCCGUACCGGAACGCCCCGACCGCCGCCGCCACCGUCAUCGCCAGCACGGAGACAUUCGUCCGGGCGCUGCAACUCCAGGUCCCGGGCAUCCGCCCGGUGAUCGAGAGUGUGGUGCCCCUGCAGGACGCAUCGAGGGCGGGCCUCAUUGCCUGUCGCGAGCUGUCGGAGUCCCUCCGACUGGUCGCGAAAGACAAUGGGGCCCUGUUCCUCGAUGUAGAGGUGAUUGUGCGGCGCCACCUGGCGGGUAGCGACGCACAAUCGCCCAGGCCUGCCGGCGGCACCCAGCGCCCGGCCGAACGCCCUGCCGGUGAUGUGGCGGCGCAGCCGGCGGAGUCGGCCGCGGGUCCAGCCGCUCCACCGAUGGAGGUGGAGGUCGGUGGCGGCGACGGCGGCCCAGAUGCGGCCAUACGGGCCGCUAGGAUGGCCGCUAGGAACAGCCUCGCUGCCGCCGAGACGGCUGAUAGCUGUGCCAGAGUGGCCGCCUCUUCAGCUGAAGAGCUGGCGGAAGCACUGCUCAGUGCGUCCGAAGAGGCGACGGCAGCCCGGGUCGUGCGCGUGGCGGCCGACGCCGCGGACGCUACCCGUGCCACCGGGAAGGCGGUGAAGGCCGCGGCCGUCGCCGUCUCCGCCGCCACCGCUGCCGCUGCCGCUGCCGCGGCCACCGCCACCGCUGCUGCUGCUACUGUCGCCGCCGCCGACGCCACCGCCGCCGACGCCGCCGCCACCGCUGCCGCCGCUGCCUCUGCGGUGAACGUACCGUGGGCGUCGGGCUGGGUCCCGGGCCGUCCCCCGCCCGUGUCCGUGUCGGCCCCGUCACUUUCGCCUGAGGGCUAUGAAAGUGACGGGGUACACCUGACCGCGGCGUGCUACGCAGCGGUCAGGCGUGAACUCUGGAGAAUCAUUGUGGCUGAGUUCAAGGCACAGUGAUUCUCCAGGGCCCCCUCCCCCAGGGGCCUCUUUUUCGGCUUAGCAGGGAGUGGUGUGGCCUAACAUUUGCAUUGUAGUUGCAUUGUAGUUGUUAUUUAAGCCUUGCGGCCACAUUGGGUAAAGGGGCACUCCUGGCCGCACAUUUAGUGUGGCGUGGUGGCGAAAUUUUUCUCUUUUUUUGGCAUAGCAGGGAGUGGUGUGGCUAUAUUAAUUGUAACGUAAAGCUGUUGAUUUAUUGACUUAUGUUGUUCCAGCCACAUUGGGUUAAGGGGCACUCCUGGCCGCGCACUCCGCGUGGCGUGGUGGCGAAAUUUCAUAUAAAUAACGAACACGUGACACGGGCGAUGUAAUGUGUUGGCGAUGUAAUGCGAUGUAAUGUGUUGGCGAGGCGUGGUGAUAUGAGCUUCAGAUGUUCACAUGUCCGGCUGAAUAUACCAAGGACGUGUUUGUACAUGCGUUCCAAUGAUUAACUUGAUUUUAUGUUAUGCGAUUCGUCUUCAGAUGUUCACAUGUCCGGCUGAAUAUACCAAGGACGUGUUUUUACAUGCGUUCCAAUGAUGAACUUGAUUUUAUGUUAUGCGAUUCGUCUUCAGAUGUUCACAUGUCCGGCUGAAUAUACCAAGGACGUGUUUUUACAUGCGUUCCAAUGAUUAACUUGAUUUUAUGUUAUGCGAUUCGUCUUCAGAUGUUCACAUGUCCGGCUGAAUAUACCAAGGACGUGUUUGUACAUGCGUUCCAAUGAUGAACUUGAUUUUAUGUUAUGCGAUUCGUCUUCAGAUGUUCACAUGUCCGGCUGAAUAUACCAAGGACGUGUUUUUACAUGCGUUCCAAUGAUGAA